GCGUUAUAAUUCCUAAAAAUGAAAUUUAUAUUAAAUUUAAUAAUAAUAAAUCCUUCAAUCAAUUACGCAUAUUAAAUUUUCUAGAACUUUAGCGGUUUGGUAGCUGUAAACAGGAUGUAAUUUCCGUUUUAAAUCAAGGAAUCGUAUUGGUUCAUAUAAUACCACUUUAUAUAAAUAGCAAACAAUUCUUAUAAUAAUUCAUUUAUUAUUCAAAAGCAGAUAUAAAUGUAUUAGAGUGUAUGGUAAGCUGUCCAUAUGACAGCAGCCACAGAGUUCUUUUAAAGAGGUUACCGUACCAUAAAAUAAGAUGCUUGGCGAAUAACCCAGCGGCAAGGGCUGGGGCUUCAACCACCAAUUGGAAUAAGGUUGGGACGCAGACCUUUCCGGAGCCCAAUCAACAAAAUGAAGAAGUGUGGGAGCUCCCAGAGCACAAUCAACAAAAAGAAGAAGUGUGGGAGCUUCCGGAGCCGAAUCAACAAAAAGAAGAAGAGUGGGAGCUCCCGGAGGGUCCAUCCAGGAGCUAUUUGGAUCAACUCCCACCUUUAAAAAUAAAGCCUAGAAGGAGAAAAAAUAAAAUGUUAUGUUGAUUAAAAAAUUAUAAUUUUCCAAUUUUUAUUUACCCUUAUAUUACACAUUAAAAUUAUAGUUAAAACUCAAAGGUAACUUUAAAAAGUAUAAUAUAAAUACAAAUAGUAAUUAUCAAGCCUCCAAAAAUAUUAAUUGUAAGAAAAAUGGAGCUAGUCCAAAUAGACUUGUCUGAACAAGUCGGAUGACGUCAUAAAUAUUAAAUUCAUAUAUCCAAUUUUGGUGCUUUCAAUAAGAAUGAAUUUCAAUAAUUGCACAAUCCCUUCCCUUUAUAGUC